UCUGCUCUGCUCUGCUCAUCUCCCUCCGCUCGCCAAUCCUGCAGCCACGCGCUGCUCCACCAGACCCGACCACCAGGAUGCUCAGGACCGCCGCCGCCGUCCGCAUGGAUUCCGCCCACGGUCACGGGCCGUCACCCUCCUCCUCCACCUCGCCGGCGGCGGCGCCGCCGCCAUGGCUCCCAGCCGACGACCACUGCCUCCACCUCCACUACGACCACACGGCGUCCACUCCCUCCACGACGCCCGCCACCGCCGCGCCGCCGAACCGCCACCACCUCCGCACCGUGACCACCGCAACCCGGCGCGCCACGAAACGCCGCCCGCGACCGUCGCGGAAGCUGCCCACCACCUACAUCACCGCUGACCCCGCCAGCUUCCGUCGCAUGGUGCACCAGGUCACCGGCGCCGACGACCUGCUGCCUGUGCCUCCGCCUGCGCCUCCGGAAGCCCUCUGCCGCCCGGCGCCCCACCGCGCUGGCGCCGCCGGCGCGCUGACGCUGCCCACGCUCGACACGUCGGCUUUCCUGCUCGGCGCGCCCGGAGUGGCCGCGCGGACGGACGCGCCGUGCGCGGCCUCGCCCGGGUUUUCGACGGCGGCGCCAGCACUGGAUCGGGCGGAGGCCGGUGGACCAGCAGCAGGGGCUUGCAACUACAGCAGCGGUAGCAGCUGUGGUGGCUUCCCGACCUUGGAUUCCUGGGAUGCUCUCUUCUAGCUAGUUCAGCUCCCGUUUGGUUGCCAUCCUCACUUGCUGUUACUUUUCCUUGGAGCCAAUGACCAGCAAGAGAGAGCAAGAGAUCGUCGUCAUGUCCCAGUUUCUGUCAUUAUUAGGAGGAUUGUGUGAGAUGGCUCGAUCAGUACCAAAAUAAAGUAAAGCGUGAAUUGUUGUUGUUAUUAAUGGCAUGUUAAACAGGAUGCUUAGACCGCA